AUGGCUACUACACAGAUGACCCCUUCCAAGAAGGCUGCCAACGCCAUGUCAAAUCUUAAAGUUAACGACAUUACUGCUGCAAAGAACAUGACCUCAUCCUUCCAGAAGGUCAGCACAGACAGUCCCAAGAAAGACUUGAAGACCAUCGAGACCACCGAACCUGAGCUCGACGAGCCCCUUCUUAGGGAGAAUAAGCAACGCUUUGUUUUGUUUCCCAUCAAGUACAAUGACAUUUGGCAAAUGUACAAGAAAGCUGAGGCCUCUUUCUGGGUUGCAGAGGAGAUUGAUCUCUCAAAGGAUCUCAACGAUUGGAAUAACCGUAUGAACGAUGAUGAGCGUUACUUUAUUUCGCAUGUUCUCGCUUUCUUUGCCGCCUCUGACGGCAUUGUCAAUGAGAACCUCGUCCAGCGCUUCAGUAAUGAAGUCCAAAUUCCCGAGGCCCGUUGCUUUUAUGGAUUUCAGAUCAUGAUGGAGAACAUUCACUCUGAGACGUACUCCCUUCUCAUUGAUACGUACAUCAAGGACCAGAAGCAGAGGACCUACCUGUUCGAUGCUGUUGACACCAUCCCUUGCAUCAAGAAGAAGGCCGACUGGGCCAUCAGGUGGAUCGAGGACAAGAAUUCAACUUUCGCUCAGCGCCUAGUCGCAUUUGCUGCUGUCGAGGGUAUUUUCUUCAGCGGCUCUUUCGCCUCAAUCUUCUGGCUCAAAAAGCGUGGCUUGAUGCCUGGCUUGUCAUUCUCCAACGAGCUCAUUUCUCGUGAUGAAGGUCUUCACACCGAUUUCGCCUGUCUUCUCUUCAACCAUUUGAACAACCGUCCUAGUAAGCAGGCUGUUCAGGACAUCAUCACUGAGGCCGUUGGGAUCGAGCAAGAAUUUUUGACCGAGGCUCUUCCUUGCGGGCUUCUCGGGAUGAAUGCUAAGCUUAUGAAACAAUACAUCGAGUUUGUGGCGGAUAGACUUCUUCUAUCUCUCGGAAAUGACAAGUUCUAUAACUCCACCAACCCUUUCGAUUUCAUGGAGUCUAUCUCCCUUGCAGGAAAGACCAAUUUCUUUGAGAAGCGUGUCGGUGACUACCAGAAGGCUGGUGUGAUGGCCUCCACCACCAAGAAAGAUACUGCGUCCGAGGACGAGGAUGAUGAGAGCAACGGCAUCCGAUUCGAUGAAGAUUUCUAG